ACGAGGCAACACUGCGUAUUUUUUCCCCUGAAAAUGAACUUUAGGAGGAUUUUCCUAAUCAAGUGCUUGCUGCUUUUAUUUUCCGGCAUAAACUGCUCCAACACCAACACUAUUUACAGAGCAGUGAAUGAGUCAGCUCUUCUCAGUGUUGCUGCUGCUGGGAGUGUAUAUGAUGCAGUGUGGUGGAGAGACGGGAAAAAGUGGCUUCAGAUAAAAGACAAAAACGUGAAGUACUAUGUGAACAGGACCCACUGCAGGUGUAAGUUAUUCGUAAAUGGGACUCUGAAAAUAGAUCCAGUGGUGAAAGAGGACAGUGGAAAGUACACUGUGUUUGUUUAUAACCGGGAUGGGACAUUGCAGGCAGAAAAUUACACAGUGGUCAUCGUAGAGGAGCCUGUCCCUCAGCCGAUCCUCAGUGCUGAAUGCAUGAAUAAAACUGUAUCUGUCAAGUGUGAAAUGAAGCAGAAGCCUAACGAUGAAAUAUAUAUAAUAGAACUCACUUAUGGUAAAACCAAAAAAAUCCAAAAGAAUGCAACCAAGUUGGAAUUGCACACGCGGUAUUCUGGGAUGUUCAGAUGUGCUGUUCAGAACCAAGUCAGCAAAAAAACGACUGAAAAAAUAAUUAAGUGCUCAGGCCAGCUGGAUCUUUACCUCAUCUUAAGCAUAGCAGGAGGUGCAAUCUUCUUUGUCAUCUUUGUGAUUUUGCUUAUUUAUUGUAUCAGGAAGAAGAAAGCAGAAAGGCUUCAAGAUGAUGAGGAGGAGCAACCGAUGCAGGUGCGCCAGGUGAAGAGUGAGAUGUUGUUGCGGGAGCUGCCGCAGCGCCCCAGCACUCCCACCCCGAAGCAGCUGCGCCUUCAGCAGCGGCCGCUGCCCCAGCCCCAAGUGCAGCAGCAGCAACCACUGCCCCCCCGGCCCAGGCCCCGCACUCAGCCCCGGACUCCAACCCACCCCAGAGAAAGGCCUUGAGCAUCUGCUCUGGGAACCACUCAGCGGGGAAGGAAAGUUUCCAAGAGGCAGGAACCGUUCCUGUCCAGCCUUGCAUAAUGCUCAGCUAUGAAACGGCAGCUUUCUUCGCAGAAAAUUAGAGAGAGCAUCAAAUGGAGAUGAAGAGACCCAGUGGAGGAGAGUCAAGGUGAUGGGCAUUCACCCCUAUGGCCAUUUUUCUUCAAGUGUCUCCAUGUCAGAGUAUGGAGCAUUGAGCCUUGAAACCUGUGUCUUUCUGUGGUUCACUUGCUUUUUAGCGCAACUUCUUGUCUUCACGCUUUUUGGAUGA